UGGGUGAUGAGCGCAUCUGCCAAUGAUAUCAAUUUCUUGAAUAUUAAUCAAACCGUCAACUCACUAACCACUGGCAAAUUGAAACCAUUGAACCAAAUAAAUAAUAAUCAAAAUAAUAACCCAAACCAGAGUAAUAAGUCGUCCCGAGCCAACAGCGCCAACAGUAGCCCUAACAAUGAUGUGCUGGUGAUCGGCACUCCCACCUCUAUUAUGGUCUACGAUGUGCUCAAUAACACCGACCUUUUCUACAAAGAGGUACCCGACGGUGCAAAUGUAGUAAUUAUAGGCGAAAUCGGGACAAUACAUAAGCCAUUAGCUAUUGUUGGUGGUAAUUGUGCGCUACAAGGCUUCGACUACGAGGGGACAGACAGCUAUUGGACUGUAACGGGAGAUAACAUAACAUGUAUGGCAUUGGCAGACAUCGAUGAAGACGGACAAAAUGAGGUUUAA